UACCAAAAUGUCAGACAUCGACAAAUGGAUUGAGAUUGCAAAAGAGUGCAAAUACUUGCCAGAAAAUGAUCUCAAGAAACUCUGUGACAUUGUAUCGGAUCUACUGCUGGAGGAGUCCAAUAUUCAACCAGUGUCAACCCCGGUGACUGUCUGCGGGGACAUUCAUGGACAGUUCUACGAUCUAGAAGAGUUAUUUCGCAAUGGAGGUCCCGUGCCUGACACAAAUUACAUAUUUAUGGGUGACUUCGUGGAUCGAGGGUACUAUAGCUUAGAGACAUUUACACGUUUGUUAACUCUCAAGGCAAAAUGGUCAGACAGGAUAACACUAUUGCGGGGUAAUCACGAGUCGAGACAGAUAACUCAAGUCUACGGAUUUUACGAUGAGUGUGAGAUAAAAUACGGCAAUGCCAACCCAUGGAAAUAUUGCUGCAGGGUGUUUGACUUACUUACAGUAGCUGCCUUAAUUGAUGAACAAGUUCUGUGCGUCCAUGGGGGUCUAUCCCCGGCGAUAAGGACCCUAGACCAAAUAAGAACCAUCGAGAGAAAUCAGGAGAUACCACACAAGGGUGCAUUUUGUGAUUUACUCUGGUCUGAUCCUGAGGACGUCGACUCUUGGUCUGUCAGUCCCAGGGGUGCUGGCUGGCUAUUCGGGGCAAAAGUCACACACAAAUUCAUGGAGAUUAAUGACCUCAAACUUAUAUGUAGAGCUCAUCAAUUAGUGCAUGAAGGAUAUAGAUACAUGUUCGAUGAUAAACUAGUAACCGUGUGGUCAGCCCCAAACUACUGCUACAGAUGUGGUAAUGUAGCUAGUAUACUACAGUUUAACUCAGUCGACGACAGAACAACAGUUUUAUUCCAAGCCGUACCAGACACCGAGCGUGUUAUUCCAUUGUCAACAAUUACCCCGUAUUUCUUGUGAUCAGACACACUGUAUCGUCUCUUUGAAUGCAGAGAAUGGAAGUACAACUGAAUUCACGCGGGGAUUUUUGGUUGGCUGCAGUCGAGUGGCAGUGCAGUUUGAGUUUUCGUUGAAUACCUCGGAAGCCGUUGGAGACUGGUUUAUUUUUAUUGAAACUAUUUUGUAGCUCUCAAUUUUCUCAACAAAAUACGUGGAUAGAAAAAUUUUUCAAUCUCCAAUAGAUUACGAGAUAUUCGCCAAAAACUGAUCCACCGAAAAUUUCACAACUGAAUGGUGAGGGAAAAUAGUUGGAAAUCAAUUUGAAAAACACUGACGUGAAGUGAGGGAACAUAAAAUACCAAAAACAGGGAGAACAUUGUGUUAACAAUUCACUUCAAUUAUCACUUUUUUAAAAUAUUUUAGUUGCAGAGAUUAAAAUUGAGGGGAUUAUUUUAUUUUUCUAAGGAAUUCUUAAUUAAAAUUUUAAAUUUUUGAGAGAAAAUACAAUCGUUAUGAGUUCUUUGUGUAGCAUUCUUUUUUCAUUGAUUGCGUCAGUUGUUAGUGAAUUUAAUUGUGAAUUUUUUUUAUAAUCAUAAAAAAUUGUGAAUUGUACUGGGAUUUCGCGGGAGUUUUUACAAGAUUUUGAAUUAAUCGGAGUGGAGAGGUUUGAACCAGAGUACAAGGUAUGAAGAUUAUAAUAAAACCGGUGGAACAAAGUGAUAAGCACGAGAUAACUUCAAAAUAAGGGGAUCUGGAGAUAUCUUUAGCAAACUGGUGGGUUUUCGCUUUAAUCCCUUUUUAUUCACCGAAAAUCUCGACGGGAAGUGUCUCAAGGGGAAAACGCUGAAGAAACUUAUUGUAGAGAAUUUCCAGGGCUGCAAAAAAUUUCUUAUCAGUUUUUCCCCUAAUCCUCACCGUUACGGAGAUCAUUGCGAAAUUGACAACCAGAAAAAAAAUGAAAUUCGACUAGUUCUUGAAGGACUUGCCUAAUUAAUCAAUUAUCCCGAUAAUUAGGUAUUUUCUCGAAAAAUGUCAAGAUACAUUAUUUGUAAGUAAUUUCCUACGCUACAAAAAUGUAUCAUGGUAUUUAUUCGUAAACCCACCAGUUUAGGAGAUAUUCGCAGGAUAUUGCGAACAAAAUAGUUAAUCUCCUCUCCUAAGCCCUAAAAAUGAUAAAUAAUCGAGACAUUCCGAGGAGUAAGACUCCAAGAACAUCGAAAGCUCAAACUCAAUGUUCUUCUGAUGAUUAUCGAGGGAUAACAGAAAGGGUUUUGCAUUUCGUUGGGUCUUCCUAGGAAUCAACGUUCUAGUAUUUUAGAAGUCAACGAAUAUUAGUUAGCAAUUUUACUUCCAAAAUCAAUCACACAAUCAUUAAAAAUCGUGUUCAACUGGAUUAUUUAGGAAGGGACUACUAUGAGUUUUAAAUAUUCCAAAUUAUUCAAAUUUCUCCUUCUUAUACGAGCGCAAAUGAAUAUUUUUAUCUAAACAUAUUAGUGCAGUGAAUGUUUUCUUCGAAUUUAUCAGCAAUCAAUCAUGAAAAAUCAAUUUUGAAUAAUUCUGUUGAAUAACUCAUUAAUUAAAACUCAUGUUAGUCUCACCUUGAUCAAGCUCUCCUGCUUAUAAUUGCUCAGUAAUUUUUGCUCUAAGAAUCAUCAACUAUUUAUUAGUUUUAUUUUUUUAUCAAUCUGUCACUCCUCUCUGCACCCACUUUAGAUUAUUCUCCUUGAUAAUAGAUUUUAUGGCGAUAAGUUGUGAAUUUUAAUGUGAAGAUGAAUUUUUUCACUCCUGAAAGUGGACGGAAAUUAAAAUUAGGGGAAUUAUUCCGAAUUUAUUGACUAAAAUCAAACCCAACGAAUGUGGCAUUGGCAUCUGCUGAAAUUAUUUAUUAUUCGUCAAUUACUGUAUUAAUUAAUGUGAUAGGAACGGAUUUUUACCAGAAUCAUUGAAAAUUCUCCCCAGAUAAUUAAUGAUUCGUUGAAAAACGCGAGAAAAUUGAGAGAUAGAAAUUAAUAAAAUGGAUAAAAAUUCAACGUUGGUUCAGUUUUUUGUUAAUCAUUGUCAUCCUUCGAGCAGUGCCUUCAGGAGCCUACAGAUACGGUCUAUAAGCAAAAGGAUGGAACAAUAAACAAAUGAAAAAUACGAGAAACAUUUCAAUUUCUAGGAUUUUUCAUGGAAAAUGUAUUAAAAUCUCAUUAGCCACGCCUGGAUCACGAGAUAUCAGCCAAAAGAUAAUUAUAAUUGAUGUUGUGGCGCUCAAAAUAUCAUACCGACUAUUAUUUUUAAUUAAAUCAAGCGUGUUAAUGAAGAAGUUAUCAAUUUUUUCAGAAGAAAGACAAACUUGUUUACCGUAUCCCACAUAUAUCUCGAAAACAACUGGAUUAAUUGAUAAAAGUAAUGGCACCUUUUUUGUAGCCCAUAAAAUUCUCCACAAAAAAGUCCUCAGACAUUUUCCGAUCGAUCCACUGGUUAACGAGAUUAACCGAGGGAAACAGAAUUUUCGUAUGUAUUUUUGAGACUUCAUUGCUAAAUUCAAUUGUUUAAACAACAUAUCCUGCAGAAGUUGUAAAUAAUAUCGUGUAAUAGUGGAUUUGGGUCAAACUGACAGAUGUCUCGAGAAAACUGUGAGAAUUCUCAGUUAAAUACGAGAAUAAACUCGAGAUGGGAAUUUCGCGAAUAGAAUUAGUAGAAGUGUUUGCUCCCACCUCCAAAUGCCUCUCACUGUGAUCGCUUUUAUCUUGUCGCAAUCAAGCCCUGAAGAUCAUUAUCCAUCAUUGCAAUGAUUU